CGGGAAAGUUUGCGUAAGCCAGCAGAAAGAGGGUCUGUUGCAAACGUGCAAACAUCUGAUUCAGAAACUUCCAUGAUCUCAAGGACGUUUUACCGCUUCUCCUGAGGACAAGAAGACUUUCUAAGAAAGUCCUAGACACCUGGUUGUCUGUAGAAGUGUACAAUGUGGCUGCCGAGGACUUUGAGAUAGCAGAAAGCCUGUAUAACUGGAAGGGACUGUACGUGAGCAACAUCAUGGCAAGAAGAGGUCACACGACAAGGAUCACUCCUUUGCAGCAGAUGGCAGCGUCUUGCUCUGGGGCCUUUCUUACGUCUUUAUUUGUCACCCCCCUUGACGUGGUGAAAAUUCGUCUUCAAGCCCAGCAAAAACCCUUCACAAAAGGUAACUGUUUCCUGUACUGUAAUGGGCUGAUGGACCACAUCUGUGUGUGUCUGAACGGCAGCGGUACCUCAUCGGUCAAAGCCUGGUACAGAAUGCCCGGCAAGUUCAACGGAACUCUGGAUGCCUUUGUACAGAUCUCCAGAAAGGAAGGGUUGAGGUCUCUAUGGAGUGGACUGCCGCCUACCCUAAUAAUGGCGGUCCCAGCGACGGUGGUGUAUUUUACGGCGUACGAUAACCUGAAGGAAGCCAUGGGGUUCGUCCCGGGGAAGAAGAACUACACGGUACCGAUCGUGGCCGGGAGUAUAGCAAGAAUAAUUGCUGUCACAGCCAUCAGCCCUUUGGAGUUGAUAAGAACAAAAAUGCAGUCCAAGAAACUUACAUACCAAGAGUUGAAGUCUUGUAUCAGAAGUUCUGUUCAGAGUGGAGGUGUGUUGUCCCUGUACAGGGGCUGGGGACCUACUGUACUCAGAGAUGUUCCAUUUUCAGCUCUCUACUGGUUGAACUACGAGUACUUUAAGUCCCAGCUCUGUGAAGUCUAUCAUACAGAAGAACCAACCCUGGUGAUGUCAUUCUUCGCUGGAGCAACCUCAGGAACAAUUGCAGCAGUCCUGACUCUGCCUUUUGAUGUGAUCAAGACCCACAGACAGAUAGAACUGGGAGAGAUGGAGACCAUGCAAAACUGUAACCAAGCCUGUGGGCGCAGUCUUGCCUUCACCAACUGCCUCUAUAUACAACAGGAGAGGCUACACUGGGUGCCCCAGUCAUCCAGUACAUUUAUACUCAUGAGGAGGUUAUGGAUACAAAAUGGGCCAAAGGCGCUCUUCGCAGGUCUAACCCCCAGGGUGGUGAAAGUUGCGCCGGCUUGUGCCAUCAUGAUCAGCUGUUACGAAGGAUUCAAGUCCUUCUUCAGGAGAAGAAACGAACAGAAAAGAGCAGCACUGGCUGGCUGGGAGUGAACAACUACAAACAGGACGACAACAGUGAAAAAGAAAAGACUGCCCAGAAGACUUCAAAGUUUCCCCAGGCCUUACAAUAAAAAGAUGUGAUUGUCAGAAAAUAGACUGUUGAUGAGAGGACAUCUUAUAAAAAUGUCUCCACUCCUGAGGUGUUGCCAAAAAGCAGAGAAAGUACUGAAAGGUGGAUGGAAAGGAAACAACAGAGACCAAGCAAAAUGUCUUUGUCCCGUCAAGCCUGAGCUGAAAAAAACAAGAUAAUUGAAAGAAUGAGAGGAGUGAAGGAAAAAGAGAAUGAGAGAAAGGAGGAGGCCUCUGUACAGCAGUAGCACAAGAAAGUGGGAAAUGCAGAAAUGAAAUCUUUCUUAUGAAGUCUUUGUUGUCUGACAAGGAUCCAGAUAUGAUGGAUUCUUUAUCCAGACUGUUAGGUCCAAGGAUAGAUAGAUAGACUGUAUAUGUAGAGUGAGUCUGCUGAAAAAUUCAUGGCAGUGGGAUCUCAAUUUUCCUAUGGAAAAUUUCUGUUCCCACCAGAUGCUUUCAUUAAUUGCAAUAGUUCUUGGUUUUUAUCCUGAAUGGCCAGUCAUAUUUAAGCUUGUUGGUCUAUUUGUUUCUUCUCUGUCAAAGGACUAAUUCUGUUACAGGUGCCAAAGCCAAUUGAAUGGUUCAUGUAAAAUGAACAAAUUUCUGGUGUAGAAAACUAAGGCAACAGUCUUAGAGUACAAGGGGGAAACCAUUGAACUAAACAGUUCCCUAACAACAAUAGGUUACUAUUGCAGUACACAGGUUACAGUUUUAGAUGUUGUUGAUAACAGACAGCACGUAAU